AGUUUAAUAUCUUGCGUUGAAGUAUACUCACUGGCCACAUGGCCAGACCCUCUUGAGUGCUCGACUCGCUGCAUGCGGUUGAACUGUCGUGCUUGUGUUUCGUUAGUGUUACACUACGACUCCAUGUGAAUUAAUAUAUUGAUGGAACUUGCUGCCACAAACUAAUUUACCUUACACAACUUGCCGACUGGCUUGUUCUAUAUUUGUGUUGUGAAUUGCUUUAACAUGCUGCACAGGUUCUCUGCUAAUUAUCCUGCAGGGUUUUUACUUGUUCUUUCCCUUGCAGUUUGUGAUUGUCGUGGUGGGCUUUCCACUACAUUGGGACAUUAACUUUGGAGUUCCUUAACUGGCGUAACUCUAUGUGGUGCUGUUUUUACUGCAUAGAUAUUAAACCGGCUAGGUAGUAUUGCAGUUGUCAUAAAACAAAUAAAAAAAUCUAUUACCUGGUUGCUGUUUUCUUUUGUCUGCCUGUUUUUCCCACAGGGGUCUUCCCCUGUGUAUGCAGAGGUACUGGAUAAUUUAUAAUUUCUCCAAGCGGGUCACGCCAUAGCUCUUCCAGGGUGUCGGACCCCUGCUUCGUGGCCUUGUUGGCUUGGCUGAGCUUAUGGCUUCCCUUUGUGACCGGUGUGAUGGUGCCAUCCCCCCUGGGGAUCCGCAUACCUUAUGUAUGCACUGCCUGGGUAUGAGCCACACGGAGAGAGUGGUGGAGCUCCCUACUGGAUGCCUGUUUUGUGUGGUGUUCUCAGAACGCCUGCACAAUUGGAGGCCAUGCGCGAGUGGGUUUGCCGGGCUCAGGCUGGGGACGAACUUCAUCCAUCAGGAGUGGUGCGGCAACGAGGUGUUAGUCCCUCUACUGGGCCCAGUACCCCUCCCAGGAAGCAUGGCAGGAGCCACUGCAGGCAGAGCCCAUCUGUUGCCAGUCCUGGAUGGGGGCAUGAGUCGGACCACUGGGACCACCUUGAAUGGAGAGUGCAUGCCCUGCGUCAGGAGGUUGAUAGCUUCGAUGGCGAUGACAACUGUUCCAUGUUGACCAGUAAUAGGCUGUUCCUGGGGGACGGUGCUGGCACUGUUCACUGUGAGUGAGGCUGACAGGCCAUCAGAAGCCGCCAACGGGGCUUCAUCGCCCCCAGCGGCUCGAGGCUAUGAGGAGCCUACUCACUUGGGUAACCACUGCACUGGACAUCAACUGGUGGAUGGAGAUGACUCCAUCUGUCCCCAUCUCUGCUGAGUUCUGCGAGACCUUGCAGGAGAGCUGGGCCUCUGCCAGGGCGGAACCUGCGACUGAAGGCGGGACCCCCCAGAGUCUUUGAUGCGGACUUGAAAGCCACAUAUGGGUCCCACUGCUCUCUUGGCCGCCUUACCAACUGCUGCUGCAGAUUCUGUUUUCCCGGCUGCAGGAGGGCACAUAAGAGCUCCUCCAGGAAGAGAUUGAGGUGUCUUGCCUGCUUUCCCUGCUCCAGAGGGAUGUGGCCUGUGCCAAUGGACGGUGCAGGUGGUUACCUCCCUGCGCCAUCUCUGGCUGGCUCAAUCACAUCUGCCAGCUGCUCUCCAGAGCACAUUUGCCACUCACCCCAUCACCCCAGGGCUGAUGACAUUCUAGAGCAGACUGAUAAGUUUCUUAGGGACCGGGAGACCCUGAGACGGUUCAUGCCGCCGCCUCAGGCCCUGGGUCCAAGGCAGACGGACCGUCGCCACCCACCUGCACCCGAACGACGGUGGGGCCCCUCUCCUGCCCAAUCGCCUCGUGCUAAGGGACACAAGCGGGGAGUGGCACAGCGUGCGGUGAAGCAACAGCCCGGUUUCCCCACACAGGUCUUCCCUGUUUUUUGCAGAGGUACUUGGUAAUUUAUCCCUCACCGGGUUCCUAUUCCUCCAAGCGGGUCACGACAUAAGCUCUCCCAGGGCGUCUGACCCCUGCUUCAUGGCCUUGUUGGUUUGGCUGAGCUUAUGGCUUCCCUUUGACAGGUGUGAUGGUGUUAACCAUCACUACCAUAGGGAUGUGCCUAGGAGACGCAGGCGCUCAGGGCGCCAGAGGAGAGGCAGGACCCCUGACACAGGAGAUCUCCUCACUCCUGGACAAGUGAGAACAACAGACCAGCUCUUUGUCUGCUAUGGUGAGAGAGUCCUGGGGGCUGGGCUAUUAAAGCAAAGGCUCUCACUGGAUCAUGGACACGAUUACAACAGCGUACUGCCUGGCUGGCAUGCCAGUGCUGGGAUCUGUGGUGGCACAUUCAACACGAGGUGUGGCUGCGUCCUUGGCUCUACUGAGAGGAGUGCUCCUCGCUGAGAUCUGUGUUGCGGCCAGCUGGGCUUCCUCUUGCACCUUUGCUAGGUACUAUUGGGUUGGUUCAGCGUACUAGUUGGUUGGUUCAGCAGUCCUGGGCAUCGCCUCCCUUUCGGGGGACUGUGGCGGGACCGCGGGACCCCCCCACAUUGAUAGCCCCUGCGGCUCAGUCCCACUCUGGGACUUUGCCGCUGGCUGGCCAGGUCUCUUUAGCACUGACUAAUCUGGUACGGGUAUACCAAUAUAUAUUGGAGUGAUCCAAUAUAGUGAAACAUAACGAAGGUUACAUAUGUAACCAUGGUUAUGUGCGCUAUAUGGAUCACUCCAAUCCUCUACGGCGCUACAGCGCCUCAAAUUAUGUAGAGAACGUGUGUUGCGGCCAUAGGGUCUAUAUAUAGGGGUGGACCCCAGCCGUGACACUGGUGUACACAGGAGUAAAUAUCAAUAUAUUGGAGUGAUACAUAUAGCUCACAUAACCGUGGUUACAUACGUAACCUUCAAUUUGUGCCCUCCCGCGUCACUUAAUACACAGAAGAUCUCCGCUAAACAUAAAAUCACAUGGUUUCUCCGCCUUUCUGUGACCACCGAUAACUUCAGAACAAAGUUGACUACAAAUACAAAGCUUUCAUAUUAGUUCUCUAUUUUAUUUCUCUCUGUAUUGUUGGGAAGAGCACGUAAUUAAGUAUUUCACUGUUAGUCCACACCAGUUUUUUACGAAGCAUGUGACAAAUACAUUUGAUUUGAAACGGGGAGGGAUCUACCUGAAUUUGUCCCAAUAAACUUGUUUUCGUUGCAAAACGUUUUCUGUUUGCAGUAAUAAGCCGUGUCUGAUGAAAAAUGUUUUACAACAGAGUCGGUGUAAUGAAUACACCUCUGUUGUGCAGUGCCUUUGCCUCCAAGUUGUGUGCCUGUAGCGACUAGCUAGUUGCUCUGUCUGUACAGUACUUAGCUAGCAAUAGCUACUUAUGUAAGUUAUAACUAGCUAUGCAUAUAUCGCUUUCUGGACUCUGUUAUAUAGUCUAUAUGAGUUUGCAUGUUAUUUGAAUGCCAUUCAAGUUGUCGCCUGCUCCAUCCUGACACAGCCCCUGUCUUGUAAUGAUGCCUGCACGCAGCACUGUUGCUGGUGGUGGAGUAUCCAGUAACAAAGUUAAGUACUCAAGACUAGCUGGCGAUGAAGAUGGCUACAUUGACUUGCAGUUCAAGAAAAGCCCUCCCAAAGUUCCCUACAAGGCUAUUGCCCUGGCUACAUUCCUCUUCCUGAUUGGCUCCUUACUGAUUGUAAUCGGUGCGCUUCUCCUUGCAGGAUCAAUAGAAGUUUCGCACCCGGACCGUACAGUUCCAGUCCUCAUCAUUGGGAUCCUUGUGUUCCUUCCUGGAUUCUACCAUUUACGGAUCGCCUACUACGCCUCUAAGGGUUACCGCGGAUACUCCUAUGACGACAUUCCAGACUUUGACGACUGAGCCACCCUUUUGCCCCUCUUAGCUGCAUGAGAGACUUUCAUUUACCUCGAGUAUCUCCCAGACUGAGAAACAGCAUCACCAAGUGGCUUAACUUUACUCUCUUUGUUUUAUUACAUAUCACAUGUGUGCAAUGCGACUGUGGCUUUCAAUUUAACAGUAUUUAUUACUGAUAGAGCAUUAUAGAUUAUGCAAGAGUAUUUAAGAUAUGCAAGGCCUGUUAUAUAUUUAUGUCAUGACUAUCUGUUUGUAAUGCUCUCUAAAGAUGUGUGAUUGGUUGUAAAAGAGACUAUCCAGUUUACGUUACAUAUUUAUGAUAAUAAUGAAAUAAACGAUCCAAUGGCAUGGCUUUGUACAAAUA